CGCUAGAUCGGUAGCGCCAGCGACGCCCCACGUAUCUUCUAAAUUAAAAUUACCUAAUAUAGAGAUGCAAACUUUCUCAGAAAGUCGGGCACUUGCCCUAGAGAACAGUGAGGGACGGGGUGAUACAGCAAGCGGUGCUGCGAGUAAGGUAGCUGUAGCUAAGGCAGCUUCAUCAUCGUUUGUCACUACUAAACCAUCCCAGGACUGCCUAUACUGUGUGCCUGUUGUCGCAGCCUGAGGAGCUGCGCGAUCCUGAUGCCGCACCCAGCUUGGUACACACACAGUUUGGUUACAUUGUAGGAGGUGAUGUUCCAUCUUCUAUUCUUAAGCGACCUGCUGUCACUCUUUUCUGUCAAGAAUGUCAAACUGAUAUACGUGAUACGAUGUCCAAUUUUUGGCAUACAGAAAAAGUACCUGAAAUAUAUGCGGAACAUACAUCUGAACAACAGCAGUGCGAAAAAUUGUUCACUGAAACUGUCAAACUAGAAGAUAAUCAAUUUACAGUUUCUUUGCCAUUGAAAAUACCUAUCUAUGAUGUGAAUAAUACAUUAGGAGAUUCAUUUGGGCUAGCUCUUAAAAGAUUCUAUAAUCUAGAAAAGAGAUUUCAGAAGGAUCAGAUGUUGUAUGACGGGUAUAAGGAUUUCAUACAUGAAUAUAUUGAUUUAGGUCAUGGAUCAUAUGUUGACAUUUCCUCAUAUGAUCUUAAUAAAGAUCCUGUCUAUUUUAUGGGACAUUCAGCUGUUUUGAGGCCCGAUGCAGUCUCUACAAAGCUUCGUGUGGUUUUUGACGGAUCAAUGCUAACAAGCAAUAAGAUUUCGCUAAAUAAUAUUUUAAUGAAUGGCCCAAUUGUUCAGCAGGAGUUAUUUGACAUACUGUUGUCUUUCAGGGUACACAAGUAUUUCAUUGCUUGUGACAUUAGGCGUAUGUUCCGCAAUAUAUUAAUUCAAAAAGAGCAGCGUUCUUUGCAAAACAUUCUUUGGCGAGACACUCCAAAUGAGUCAAUAAAGUGUAUUCAAUUAAACACUGUCUCCUAUGGCAUGAAGUCAUCUAGUUAUCUUUCAACAAAAUGCCUGAAUGAGCUGGCCACAAGAUUUGAGAGGCAAUAUCCUCUGGCCAGUUCGGCAAUACUUAACUCGACCUAUGUAGAUGACAUCAUACAUACAGAGAAUAGCUUGGCAAAGAUUGUUGACACACAAAACCAAUUGAUAGAAUUACUUGCUAAAGGUAGUUUUACUUUGCAUAAAUGGGCAGCCAAUGACCCUUCAAUUUUGACAAACAUUCCAGUAGAACAGCAGGUUGUUGGGGAACUGGAACUCAAUAAGGACAUCAAAACUUUGGGUUUAAAGUUAGAUAUUGACUCUGAUUCUUUUAAACUUUCAUGUCCAAUGUCAAAAAAUGUCCCUAAGACAAAAAGGCAAAUUUUAAGCUAUAUAAGCCAGUUUUAUGACCCGUUAGGUCUAGCUGGACCCGUUUUUGUCCAAGCAAAAAUAAUCAUGCAAAAGUUGACUCAGUCUUGUACUGACUGGGACUCUGAGCCCUCACCAAUGCUAUUUAAAGAAUGGCUAGAUUUUUACAAUGAUUUGCAGGCAAUGAAAGAGAUUAAAAUCAAACGAAAUGUUACUGUUGACAAUAUUCAGUCUGCUCAGCUUGUAGCAUUUGGUGAUGCCUCAGUUUCUGCAUAUGGGACUGCUAUUUAUCUAAGAGUCACUGACAAGCAUGGUAAAGUAUCUAUGUCUCUUCUUUGUUCUAAGAGUCGCAUUGCAUCUAAAGACAAGAAAUUGACUGUGCCACGAUUAGAAUUAAAUGCAUCACUUUUAAUGGCAAAAUUAUGCUUGAGAGCAUACAAUACAUUAAGUAAGAAGAUUUCUAUUGAAAGUGUGCAUCUUUUCAGUGAUUCUCAGGUUGUUCUGGCAUGGCAAAAAACGGAUCCAACAAAGUUAAAUGCUUAUGUUGCUAAUAGAGUCAAAUUAAUCAACGAAUAUACAAAGGGUUUUCAAUGGUUGUAUAUAAAAACUGACCUCAAUCCCUCUGACUGUUUGAGUCGAGGUGUACAACCCAGCGAACUACAAGGUAACCAACUGUGGUGGUGUGGUCCAGCUUGCAUGUCUGAUCCAGAGUAUAAAUUCACCGAUGACUGUAAGAAUGUACCUGACAACUUACCGGAGAUCAAGCAUGCAGAUGGAUCCAAGCCGGUGUGCAUGGCAUCAUAUCAAUCGGUUUCUCUUGCAAAUGAUUUGUUAGAUAAGUUUUCUAACAUUAAUAAGGCAGUAAAUGUGCUUGCUUAUAUACAAAGGUUCUGUAAAAAUGUGAGGCUGGGUUCACAAAAAGUUAAGCUUAAUUUCAUUACAUUUAGCGAGGCAACUCAGGCAUUGCAUUUAAUUAUAAAAAAUGAACAGGAAAAGUUCUUUGAUAAAGAGCUAGCCUCAUUGCGGGCAGGUAGGCAAGUUGCAUCGUAUUUGCUGUCUGUCAAUCCCUUCAUUGAUGCUAAUGGCAUUCUCAGAGUAGGUGGACGUUUGCAACAUUCUUCCUUACCUUAUAGUCAAAAGCAUCAGAUAAUCUUACCUAAAGAGUCUAAGGUGACUCACCUUAUUAUUGAAAAUGAACAUUUGAAGCUGUUACAUGCCAGUCAAAAAGAAGUGCUUAGCAAUUUAAGUCAACGCUAUUAUAUAGUAAAUGGUUUGCGAUUGGUAAAAAAGUUUGUAAAUAGAUGUCUCACAUGUUUUAGACUAAAAGGUGUAACCGCAAAACAGCUGAUGGGUUCAUUGCCCGCUGGUAGGGUCAACAUAGACCGUGCGUUUGCUAAGGUUGGCAUAGACUUUGCGGGACCAAUCCUAAUAAAGCAGUCAAGAGUGAGAAGUGUCAUCACUACAAAAGGUUACAUUGCUGUGUAUGUGUGCUUCGUUACCAAAGCAGUACAUUUAGAGUUGGUGUCAGAUCUGACUACUGAUACAUUCUUGGCUAGCUUCAAACGUUUCAUUGCAAGACGUAAUGUUCCAACCGAGGUUUAUUGUGACAAUGCUGCUACUUUUAAGUCAGCUAGUACUCAGUUGUCUGAGCUAUAUAAAUUAAAUAAUAAUAGAUGUCAUCAAAUGCAAGUUUGUAUACUGCCUUUAGAUGAAUAAUAUUUUUCUUUAAACAAAAUGUGUUAUGUGACACUUUCAUAAUAUGCUAUGUUGAUAUUUAGUUCAGUGUAUUAUGACAUGGCUAAAAAUCCUACUAAAUUAUAACUGUUCUAUGAGUAGGUAGUCAUGGUAUGGAUUAUUUAUGUUGAUGCUGGUUGCAUCCAAUGUUUAUUUUGUUCUAUAAAAUGUGUCUUAUGUUAUUUACUAUUUCAUAACUACAUCAGCAAUCUUGUGAAAUUGCCUACAUAGCUGCUUAUUAAGUUUUUUAGUAAGUGUUAACAUAAUUUCAAUUUACAAACCUUAAAAGAUUACAGUCCACUCAAAUAUAAAGCUGUGUAAUGCAACUAUGCAAGAAGCUAAUAAAAAUGUAGUAUAUAUAUAUUUAAGAAGCUAUUGAUUUCAAGCCUAUUUGUUAUUUUCUGUCGGCGGAGUAUGUUGCAGAAUGUAGUUUGUAUACCUAUGUAUGUCUUAUGACUAGCAACAUUAAUAUUCAUGGUUUCCAUGGUAACAUAUGUACAAUUUCUUCUUGGACAAUAUAUCAUUCGUCUCACACGUAUUUCUGAUUUUCUAUUCAUUUAAAAUACUUUAUA